GGCAGAUUGCUUCUUCUUCCAAAGCUUUGUUAUGUAGAAGCUCUCUCUCUCUCUCUCUCGCUCUGUUUCCCAAUAUGAUUAGGAUUCUUCGCAGAAAUCAUUUCAUUCUCUCCAACGAUCUCCCAUGUCUCCUCUCAUCCUAUUCUUCCCUUCCCUACCCUACCGCCACUAAUACCCCACCAAAAUUCCGAAUCCCAAAACCCAAAUCCAAAUCCCCUCCUUCACCACCUCCAUCAUCUCCACAACUCCAUCAUUUACUCUCCCAACUCCCCCCAAGAUUCACCACACAAGACCUCUCCAAGACCAUCUCCCUCCAGAAAGAUCCCCACCUCUGCCUCCACCUCUUCAAUUGGGCCUCCCAACAGCCCAGAUUCAGGCACGACCUCUCCACCUUCCUCAUCACUGUCAAAAAGCUCGGCUCUGCCAAACUCUAUGAAGACCUCGAUGCUGUCGUCGAUCAAGCACUCGCCAUCCCCAUCCCGUCCUCGGAGACCCUCUUCAACACCAUCAUCUAUUUCUACACCGAGGGCCGUAAGCUCUCCAGAGCAGUCACUGUCUUCAAGCACAUGAAGAAGAGCAAGGACCCGAAUUCCCACCCGUCCAUCCGGACCUACAAUCUCCUCUUCUCUGCGAUGCUUAGCCGUGGCAGCAACUCGUAUAUAAACCACAUGUAUAUGGAGACGAUCCGGUGCCUCUUCCGGCAGAUGGUCGACGAUGGGAUUGAGCCUGAUAUCUUCUGCUUGAAUUCUAUGAUCAAAGGGUAUGUUCUUUCGCUUCACCUAAAUGACGCUCUUCGUGUAUUUCACCAAAUGGGUGUUGUCUAUAAAUGCUUGCCGAAUGGAUUUUCGUAUGAUUAUUUGAUUCAUGGGCUUUGUGCACAAGGGCGGUCGAGGAAUGCCAUGGAGUUUUAUGGGGAGAUGAAGAGUAAAGGGUUCGUUCCUAGCGGGAGGGCAUAUAAUUCGCUCGUGAAUUGUUUGGCGAUCAGUGGGGAGGUUGAUGAGGCGGUGAGGAUUUUGUGGGAGAUGGGUGAGAAGGGGAGGUUGGCAGAUUGGAUCACGUACAAGACCGUGUUGGACUCGAUUGGACGGCAGGGGAGGGUUAGGGAUGCAAUCAGCCUGUUGAAGGAGUUGCAGGACAAGGACAUGGUCGAUGGGCAUACUUAUAGGAAGCUGUUGUAUUUUCUCGAAGAUGAUUUUGGCAAUUCAGAUGGGAGAAAUGGAAUGAAUCGGAGUUGAGCUUUCUCGGCCUUUUGUUCUGUAAGAUGUUAGCUCAAUCUACUGUUAGAUUUGGAUUAGUUGGUGAUGGGUGAAUUGCAAUCCUGUAACUUGAAUCUUGGUAGUGGUAAACUGAUGAAUCCUAAGGUUGGUGCUUUUGAAAUGUUUUGUUAUGCUUGUUAGAGGAAUAUGAUGGUGGGUCAGAUGCUAUACUGGUAGAAGUGGAUUUUUUGGAAGGUUGCAACUACUUUUGGAGACUCAUAAAGCAAGAAUGUUAAUUGUUUGUUAUAUGCAUUACCAAAUUCAUUUCCCCUCCAACCAUCGGUGAAACUGGCGAAUGGAGUUGCACAAGCUGCUCAGGUUUGGCCGAUUUGCGUGAAUUGUCACAAACCAUGCCUAUGGGCCUAUCUUGUUUUCUUUGAGAAUGGGCCGCAAAUGGGCCCUAAAUGGAAAGCUGAUUUAGAGUUUACCGAAAUGAGCAAUGGGCCUUGAUGGGCAAAGAAAACUGAUGGAGAGCUGACGAAAUGAGAAUUAAAUAAAUACCUUCUCCAACUCACUGGUAUGGCAGUAUGGCUGAUACCAGCAUGAAGAUUUUGUGUUUCUGUUAAUAUGUGACGGUGAAGGUUGUUUUUUGACAGUCGUAAGGAAGUUCUUGGCGAUGGAGAUAUUAUCAUCACGAUGGAAACAUGGAAUGAAAUGAAAGUUGGUUUUCUAUGAAUUGUGAUCAUUCUCCGUGAAUCAAUCAGAUAUCCACAUCUUGAGAUAUGAAGGAAUGCACAUCCUUUUAUUUUCAUGUUCCUACUGGUGGGGCCAAUGAUGCAGCACAGAGAGCUUGAACAGGGUAUCUUUGGUGACUUAAUUUCAAUGGGAGAAGUAGGGAUGGCUCAGAUCCAUUGGGCUUUACAGAACAGUUUUGCAAUGAUAGAGCUGGGUAACUUUGGCAUUACAUGGUGGAUGCUACAGUUAUAGAGGCGAAGAAGCCUGCAAAGGAAUGGCUUCAAGCAAGCAGUAAUGACGAAAGGCGAUUAUUUUAGUUUCAGAUGAUCAUGUUGGAGUCUUCAGAUGGACCAAGAAAGGCAUCUUGAUGUCUUUCUCAUAUUUACCCAUUGAGUUUUGAAGGUUUAAAUAAGAUGUCAAUACAGAAAGCAAAGAUCUUCUCCUGUCUGUAACUUGCAUUGUUUUCAUUCUCUGAUUUUCCAUAACAUGAUUAAUCUGCUUCGAUGGCAAGAACUGACUAUUAUAGAUUUCUUUGUGCAAUCUUACCAUGGUUGGCAAGGAGAACAUAUUCUUUGAA